GGAGAAGGAGGGACGAAUCCAGUGAGAACAACGAGAGAGGAAGCCGAAACCAGAGAUGACUCGGGUGGAACAAGAUGGAUCCUGCCAAGCCCAGCCUUCCCUCAAAAGUGCCAGAUGCAAACAAUGGCAAGGGAAAUGAAGUGCCCAUGGAGGAAGCAGCAGAGCAUUGGCGGGACGGGGGAGAAAGCGAGAGGUGGAAGGAAACAGAAACCAAAGAGGUAGAAGUUGAUGGAUUAACAACAGCUGCAGAGACGAUCGUCCAACACAGGGGGUCAGCAGACAAACACAAGUUCAGCACUUUGGGCUAUCAGAGGCGGACAGUGCAAAAGGUGGUGACUGACUUUGCAACCGUGAGUAAGGGAACAUCAACCGGAGUCAAACCCCGAACUGCGCUGAGACAAGUUUUGUUCAGCCAGGGAGUGUCUGACAAGAACUCCAUACCUGAGGACCGGGGUCAGUCGGAUGCCCUGAAACAGGUCCUGGAGGCUUUCCCUGUGCCGGCCAGUCUGACAUGGAAGUGGGAAGAGGAGAAUCGUGGGACCACACUGGAGAAAAACUGGACAGAUAUCGUGUACUCCCAUUCGACGAUGGUGAAGAUGCAGAGACACCAGCAGGAGGCGCUGUGGGAGUUUGUCCACACGGAGCUCGCCUACAUCAACAAGCUCACCAUUAUCAGAGACCUGGUUAUCGCAGCCCUUGUCAACCUGCACCAGCAUGGGUUUCUCCUGGAGGUGACUCCGGAGUUGUUGUUCUUUAACCUUCCCUCCGUCCUCAGCGCCCACUGCCUGUUCUGGCAGGAGGUGAUGUACCCCAUGUUGGAGGAGGCCCGCAGGACAGGAAAACCCUUUGACCCCCUGAGGUUAGAGGCCGGUUGUCUGCAGUUUGAUAAACGUUUCUCUUCCUAUCUACAAUACUGUUGGGAGGAGGAAAACACUCUGGAGUUUACACGAAGACAGACAGAGGCCAACCCUCAUUUCCUCAUUUACCUCCAGUGGGUGGAGUCUCACCCUCAGUGUGAGCGGAUGCGGCUGGGGGACAUGCAAGCCAAACCCCACCAGAGGAUCACCAAGUACCCGCUGCUGCUGAAGGCUGUCCUCAGCACCACCCAGGAUCCCUAUACACAACACAGACUCAGAGGCAUGUUGUCCAGUGUCAAUGCGUUUUUGGACAGCAUCAACGACUACUUAAGGUUCAAAGAUGAGGAGCUCGCGCUCUCUAUCUCUGCUCAGAGGGUGGAGGGAUAUGAGGUGGAGGGGAUAAAUGAAGAAAUCGACAAGCAUGUCCGGGAAAUCUGCCGGUUUGAUUUGACAUGCCCCAUCAGAGGAGUGGGUCCCGGAGUUGUACGUAAGCUGCUGCUGGAGGAGAACUUGAGGACCCGAGGCAGAAAAGACAGCAAGCUGGACGUGGUGGCUCUACUUUUCUCAGAUGUGCUGCUAUUGACCAAAGUCCAGAAGAAGGCAGAGAGGCUGAAGGUGGUCCGACCCCCUCUAGCCCUGGACAGAACGUGUUGUGUGGCGCUCAGAGAUGGCUGUUCAUUUGUUCUGGUGGAAGCAACUGAGCUUGGCUGUGCUGCAAAUGUCUACGUGUUUACAACAGCCACCUCCGAGAGCUGCUCCACCUGGAUAUCUACCAUUCACCUGGCAAAGGAAACACUGAAGGGCCUGAGAGAGACAGAGACAAACAAGCAGCUGGAAAAUCAGAGACUCCAGCAGUCUGAGGCCAAAAUUGCUAUGGAAGCUGAGAUAGCUGACGUGCAGACUAACAAUCCUCCUCUUGAACAAUCAGAAGAAACUUUUGUGGAUGAACUCACUGAAAAACCCGUUAUCCCCAAAUCAGAGAAUGGGACGAUGGAAUCAAAGGUAACGGAGACAAAUUAUCAACCUUCAAAUCAGGUGGAUACUAAUGGCUCUGGGUUGCCUCGCCAGCUUCACAAUUUCAGCAAAACUUGCAGCAAAUCAGAGCACGGACACUUUUAUAUCCCCCGCCCACGGGCAGUCCAGGGAAGAGAAUGUAUAGAAAUGAAUGUGAGAGGCGAGCAAGCUGAGGUCCAAAGGGAGGAUGAAGAGUCAGCGGUUAAAUUUCGAGGAACAAUGGAGAGGAGAGUGACCUGGAAUAGUAACAGACAAGCACCCUCUGACUCAGGGGAAAAUAUACUGACGAGAAACAUGGCAGAUCCCUUACGGUACAAGCUUGACAGAUCACAACUUCUCUUAGUCGAUGGAUACCCAGACGUGGACUACCCAUCUACCGAACCUAGCACUUUUGUCUCCACUUACGGCGAGCACCUACCGACAGAUUCUAUGGGGAGUUCUGAGUUUCAGUUUCAAGGAUUUCCACGAGCAUGGGAGAGUUCAACACGAAGAGACUUGGAUACCCAGUCUGUCAACCAAGAAACAGGAAGGCAUUCCCGGUACUGCCCAUCUGAAGAGGAGGACACCCUUUCAGAAGUGUGGAGGUUCUCUAGAAAGUUAAAGUCCCCCAGGUUACGCAGGAGGAGGCCCGUCAGCAGCCACCAGAGUGCCUCUACUGUGAUGUACAAGCCGGGCUUCAAGGGCUCAGGGGUGGCCUGGUCUGCUCCCUAUACCAACUCCUCCUCCAACUCAGACUCCGACUGCAACCAGAGGGUCAAAAGAAACUUUCCUUCCUUUGAGAAGGACCUCGAUUCGCACCAGAUGCUGAAGCUGAUGUCCGUGAAACAUAAACAAGCUAUGUUCAGGAGCAUGUCUGAUGAGAGAGUCUCCCCAGAUCCCCAAACAUACUCUGAGCCUGAGCUGCCCAAAGAAGCGCCCAGUCAAAACCUCCAUAAUAUAAGGAGGCCCAAACUGAAAACCCAGAGGAGCGCUUCCACUCCUGACAUCAUCAUUCAGGGAGCACACAGGCUUCACAUGAGUGCCACCUCCACACUACCUGGAAUAGAGGUCACACCCCCUCCCUCACGAGGACACCACUUGCAAAGGAACGUCUCCCCACUAGAUGGCCUUUUAGAGAGAGCCAAAGUGAGACUGAGAGACCAGGAAGUAAAACGAGAGAAAAAUGGGAAAAUGCGCCAGGUCAGAACAUUGAACCCGCCCCCGUCUCCAUCGCUGUCUACCACACCCUCCCCAUCACCCAGCGACGGGGAUAGAGAGACGGAGUGGGCGGAAGUGGAGCUUAUGAGAUGCAGAGCCCCUACAGUCAGUAUGGGAUGGAAGGAGCAGUUGGUAGAUGGAGAUGAAGAGGAAAAGAAGCACAGCGCUGUCUUUACAGAUGGAGUAAAUGUGGACUGGCCAGGCUGGUGUUUUGACGAUGAGGAGGUCAUGGAUCAGCUCACCCCUGACGUGUGUAGUGUUGAUGAUGAAGGGCUACUGGAAGGCAUCCGUCGGACUCUGACCUCAUGCGAUUUCAAACUAAAUGCAGAGCAAGACGACGGGGAGUGCAGCCAGGUGUAA